CAUUGUCCAGGAGAUAAUAUAGUUAAAGAGAAGGAACGCUAAGUGGGUGUGCCUUGCCAUCCAUUAGUUUAGCGGUCACUUCUUCAGUGAGGAGCGUCGACUGCUGUCUUGAGGAGUGGCGAAGGCUCGAGGACUGCCAUGCGGUCACUCUCUCGUGCGCCACUCAGCCGGUGAGAGUCGAAGAGGAUGGAAGUCCGUUCACUGUACUGAAACAGAGACAGAAACACUACAGAGAGAGAGAGAGAGAAUUUGGCUAGUCUGAACGCUUGGUCCAGCAACAGUAUAUUUAAUCUCGGACUAGACCUCUGCUUGUGUCGGUGAUUUUUGUUCAACUUUUUGAUGAAAAGUUGUUUCCUAAGCCUAGGAGUACUGUGCUCUUUUCCAGAAAGAAAGACUUCCAGGAAUGGAGUCGAUACCCAAUCAACAACCAGCGGGACGAGACUCCAGCUCUUCCCCCAGCUCCAAGCAGGACGUUCAGCCCUUCUCCAGCCCCAUCUCCCUGAAGCCUAACCAAGUCAGCGAGACCGCGUUGUAUGGAGUGCACAUCGUGUCUUUGGUCAUAGAUGGCCAGGAAAGACUUUGCUUGGCGCAGAUAUCCAACACAUUGCUAAAGAACUACAGUUACAACGAAAUCCAUAACCGACGCGUUGCUCUUGGAAUCACCUGCGUCCAGUGCACGCCCGUCCAGCUCGAGAUACUGAGGCGCGCUGGUGCCAUGCCAAUCUCCUCGCGGCGCUGCGGUAUGAUCACUAAGCGGGAGGCGGAGAGGCUAUGUAAAUCAUUCCUCGGUGCUCACAACCCACCAAAGCUACCGGAAAAUUUCGCUUUUGAUGUCUCUCAUGAAUGCGCGUGGGGAAGCAGAGGUAGCUUCAUACCUGCCAGGUAUAACAGCUCGAGGGCCAAGUGCAUUAAAUGCACAUAUUGUAACAUGUAUUUUUCCCCGAAUAAAUUCAUAUUCCACUCCCAUCGCACUCCCGAGUCCAAGUAUACACAGCCAGAUGCAGCAAACUUCAAUUCGUGGAGGCGCCAUCUCAAACUAACAGACAAAAGCUCUUCGGAUGAUGUUGCCCACGCGUGGGAGGAUGUUAAAGCGAUGUUCAACGGGGGAAGUCGUAAGAGGACGCUACCUAUGAGUGGGUCAUCCAUGUCCUCUCCUUUGAAGUCACAUUCCACCAGUAACCCAACCCAAAGAAGUUCCCCCGAGGUACCCCAUAAAACGUUGCGCUGUGACGAAGACCGAGGUAGGCCUAACAUCAGUCUGUCAAAUGGCGUCCGGAACUACCCGGUUAUCCCUGUGCCCAGUAAGAGCUUUGGGAUGCUUCAAAAGAUCCAGCCACCGCUCUUCCCCCACCCGUAUGGAUUCCCUGCGUUUGGACUGUGUCAAAAGAAGGACGACGGAGUGGGAGAGACAAAUAAAACCAACGUUUCGGGUGUCUUUUGGCCAGGAGCAAAGGACAGUAUCUAUCCCUCUUUCCCGAUGUUUUGGCCAACAGCAGGUGGCCUGCCGAUGCCACCGUAUCAACAGUCACCACCCAAACCACCCACAGAGCUCUUAAGUGUCAGACAGAGUGAUCUCGAGUUAUCGGAUCAAAGUGACCGGUGCGCAAACACACCUAAGGAUAGCUUUCAAGACAGCGAACGGUGCUCCAGCUCACAAUCCACCCGGAACGAGGAGGAUAAAUCCGGGGAUGAGGCCCGGUCGACGGAAGGACUCCCCACAACUCCACGGAAGAUAAAUUACAUCUCUGCGUUCAGACCUGUGGUGAAAGACGCCGAAAGCAUUGCAAAGCUAUACGGCAACAGGGACACGUACAGCGGUGUGCGCUCUGGUUACCUAUCGCCAGAUUUCGUGAGUGAAAGUUCUAGCUAUAGGUCUAUGUCCCCGGAUGUGGAUAGCGUGGACGACCCAGACGUUGACGUGGAGUCAAACAGGGCACACGAGGAUGAAGAGUCAGUCCAACUGUCAGUGGAGGACCGUCAGAGUCCCCCGCCCCUCAACUCAGCCCAUUCCGGGCCUGAAGAUAGUCGAGAGCUGGGGACAAGUCCAGGACCACAACCGGAAGAUCCCCACUCCGGGUCCUCUGAUGACGAGAGGCAGGGUGGACAGGUGUCAGAGCGCCAUGAUACACCGGUGUACGAAGUGUACACACAUGAAAAGGAUGGACACAUGCCUUUGAACGGUCCAUCUACGUUUGGAUCAAAACAUAGCAGCCCAUUGCAAUCGAACGGUGUACUCCAUGUUUCCGACCCACACAAACAACGUUCUCCUACAAGAGAGGACGUUCCACAGAGAGCCUAUCAGGACCAAGCAAAGGAAAGCCCACCAUGCGAUGGGGCAUUACGUCAGCAUGACGUCAGUAGGAUCCACGAAAAAGAUAUCGAAAACAUGGCUAAAGAGGAACUUCAGAAACAGCUUGUCGAACAAGUGGAGCUCAGAAAAAAGUUGGAACGCGAAUUUCAAAGUUUAAAAGAUAAUUUUCAGGACCAAAUGAAGAGGGAACUGUCCUACAGAGAAGAGAUGGUCCAACAACUUCAUAUUGUCCGAGAAGCUCAUGACGCCCUGCACCAUUUCUCCUGCAAGAUGCUGACCCCUCGCCACUGUACUGGAGCCUGUACUUUCAAACCCCCUCUGCUGCCUCCAUAAUAGACCACAAGACCCCCCCUGACUCCAGUACAGCUCACUGCAGCCAAAAAGAGAGACGCCCACCUCAAGUAGUCACAGUCUCUCCGUAACUUCUUUACCUUUGCCCUCCCUCACCAGUCAUCCAAGGAUUCACAACUUGUGUACACACUCCAGCGCUAUUUAUUUAACGCAGAAGAAGUGGCUAUGGAGGUCGGGAGAACAAGACCUUCCAUUGAAAAGAACUCUUGAAGAUACACCAACACCAAACGACUGGUCCAUUGUAUGUGUUGUAUUUAUAGACAGUUAUCAAGUUGUAAAGAGCUCUUGAUAUGGACUCACCAAGUCCCUUUGAAUCAUAAUCUAUUGCUCUUCAUAUAU